AUGGCGCACUUGUUGGAUGCGCGCAUGAUGUCCCGCACGCCCCCGUCCGCCUCCAGUCUCACGACGGCAGCGGCCGCUGCGCGCACCGCCAGUCGGCGCAAGUCGUCGCUCAGUGGCUCGUCCACGCACGACAGCAGCGUCAUGACCGCCGCCAGUUCGCCGCGCGCGCGCCGGCCGUCGGGGGGCUCGUCGCGCGCCCCGUCCCGCACCAAUAGCGGCUUCAACUUGACGACCGCGACGGCCAAGUUCGGCGCCUUGUCGCGAGCGCACGGCAAGCGAAGCGGCCGCAGUCGAUCGUCGCGACGGAACAAGAGCCAGGCCAUGGCAACCCCUAACCUCAUCGACCUCAAGACGAUUACGGCUGAAGAAGUGGAAUGGGAAGGGUAUUUGUACAAACAACGUAAGCUAGUCAAGAGCUGGACGCCGCGCUACAUCACGCUCCAGAACCGCACUGUGUCCAUCUACAAGUCCAAGACCCACGCGCUCGCCAAGGAGCAGUACCGCGGCCAGUGGGUCAUCAAGCAGAUCCUGAGCUCGCUCCCGUCCGCUGGCUUUGGCGGCUCGAAGCUCAAGCCGGAAGAGCUCGGCUUCAGUUUCCUGGCGGCCAAUGGCAACAUGAUCCACUUUAUCGCUGCGUCGGCUGUAGAAAAAGCCAUGUGGAUGCACAUGAUGCAACUCAGUUUACACAACACGAAGACGCGGGAAGUGUCGGCGCUGCAGCAAGGACGGCCACGGGGUGACGUGCCGCCCACGCCGACGCCGCGCUCGGCAGACGACGUCGUGUCGCUUGAAUCGUCCAUCACGACGCGGCUCGCUGAGAAGUUUCUCGCAGAUCUCGUUCGUCUCUUGACCGCCACGUCGUCAGAGAACGUCAUUGAGUGCUUGCCGUCGUUCCUGCGGCAGCUGAGCAAAGACGUGGAGCUCCUGUUCGACCUCGAGACGUGCGAAACGACGCAACCGUCGUGCGUGUUCAAGGGCAUUUACCACGGACGCGAAGGAUUUGUGCACUUUGCUGCGCUCUACGUGAGCAAGUACUUGCUGGCUAUAGACGUGGACGAGAAAGCGGUGCACCGAACCGACGACGACGACCACCACGCGUUCAUCUACGCUGGCCAUCGCCUGAUUAACACUGUGUCUGGCUCGACGACGGAAGGAAAGUUUGGACUGCAGAUCACGUUCACACCGGCACGGCGCAUUUCGCGCGUCGUGCUUUCGUUUCGUCAACGCAACGCGUCGAGAUCGAGGGCUCGUCGGGUCACGACGAAUCCGAUGGUCAUUGCGGAGCACACCGCGUGUUUUCACCAGUACUGCCUCACGAAACGCUCACUGGCUCUAUCGUUUUCAGACUUUGAUGUGGUUGGCGUGUUGGGACAAGGUGGCUUUGGUACGGUUGUGCUUGUGCAACGUCACCUUAACCCAGACGAGUACUUUGCCAUCAAGAUUAUCGACAAGCAGUCUGGCGCUGAAAGCGCGCUGAAGGAACGUCGCAUACUGUCUGGCGUCCGCCAUCCGUUCUUGACGUGCUUGCGUUUUGCUUUUCAGACGCAGACAAAGUUGUAUCUUGGUAUGGAUUACUACAAGGGAGGAAACCUGUAUUUGCACAUGCACUCGUCUAAAAUGGAUCCGAACGUGUCGACAAGCAGUGGCCGACGCUUUUCUGUGGAGCGUGCUCGCUUUUACGCUGCUGAGCUUGCGAUUGCACUGUCGUAUUUGCACGCCCACGGUAUUAUAUACCGUGAUUUGAAACCGGACAAUAUUAUGCUUGACAAGACGGGAAAUAUACGACUCGUGGACUUUGGUAUCUCCAAGCAGCUACGUCUCGAAGGUGAACCAGGGAGCCAUAGCUACUCCCAGGCAGGCACGCUGGCUGGAUCACCGGCGUACAUUGCUCCAGAGCAAUUGGUCACACAGAAGCCGCAGUACGGUAUGGAAGCAGAUUGGUGGAGCUAUGGUGUGCUCUUAUACGAAAUGCUGACAGGUAGCACUCCGUUCUUCGACUCAAACAUUUCGCAAAUGUACAAGAAGAUUCAGACUGCUGAUGUGAAGUACGAGAGAUAUCCACCAAUUGACGAAGAUGCCAUUGAUUUGCUGAAGAAGCUGUUGGUUCGUGAUCCCGCAGAGCGCGUUAAUAUCGAUGGUGUGCGUUCACACCCGUUCUUUGCAUCAAUUAAUUGGGAACGAUUGGAGUUAAAAGAAGUGGAACCGCCUUUUAUUCCGCCUACAGAAGAGUUGAUGCAGAAUGUGCAUGAACACUUCCGCAAUAUGAAUGUGACCGACACGAUCGGCGAGAACCCUAAGGCUGUGAAUGGAAGGAAGGCAUCUACGGUUGCAAACGAUAACGAUGGGUCGCACUUCGAUGAGUUUAGCUUUGCGUACGACAAGCCUCGCGAUACGUUUGACAAUCUGUCCAUGGCAGACGAAGGAUGGUUGGUGCGACAGCUACAAGAAGGUGCAGCAAUGCGCGGGCGACUGAACGCCUGCGAUACCGACCCCGUCGGGGAAGAACUGGGCAGCGAAGACGAAAUCGCGCAUCCGAUUAUGAAUGGUCAGGACAGCAGCGAAAGCGAUGAGCCGGAGGUCGAAGUCACCAACAUCUAA